AUUAGAGCUGGUAUCCCCAGUCUGAUUUUUCUUUAGUAACGUUAACACAAGACAAAAUUAUGUUUACCUUUAAUUAAUUAAUAUUGGAAGUCCACGAAUAUGCAGUUCAUCUCCAAUGUGACACCACGCACGUUUGCUUCUGUUCUCAGCCUGAGAUCAAUCAGAGUCAGCGCUUUACGAGGAUUUAGGCAGAUGUCCAAUUACAGGAUUCCGAACAACAACCCCUUCGUAUCACCAGCCAUGUUGGUUGCAAUAGGUGGACUCACUGCUUUUGCAUAUGUCUGGAAGAAAAGUAACACAUGCACUACUGCUAACUGCCAAGCAGGUCUUGAGGUUAAAGCGGGUAAAUUUGACGGGAAGGUGGUGCUAAUUACAGGAGCUGCGGGUGACAUAGGUGGGACAGCAGCGAAGAAGUUUGUUGAGGAAGGUGCUACAGUGAUACUCUCUGAUUUGCCUCGAACUGAGAGUAUUUUGAAAGCAAAGCGAGAUGAAUUAUCCAUGUUAGGUGGAGUAGAACCAAUCAUCAUAUCUGCUGAUGUUACCAACGAGAAAAAUGUAAUGGAGAUGGUGGAGAAAGUAAUGAAAACUACUGGUCGUAUAGAUAUUUUUUUUAACAAUGCAGGUGUUCAAGGAGAACUUUGUCCAAUUCAAGAGCAAUCCGCAAGUGAAUUUAGCCGUGUUACAAAUGUGAAUAUCUAUGGUGUGUUUCUUUGCUUGAAGUAUGUAUCACAGGCCAUGAUUGAGCAAAAAAAAGGUGGAGCUAUUGUCAACUCGGCUAGUGUGGCUGGUCUCAUUGGGCCAGCAAACAUGGCUGCUUACGCUGCAUCUAAAUUUGCUGUUGUUGGCAUGACUAAGACAGCAGCUAAGGAUCUAGCACCGUAUGGGAUCAGAGUGAAUGCUGUUGCUCCAGGGAUACUUGAAGGUCGCUUGUGGACUACUCAAGUGAAGGGAAAUGCACGCUGUCGAAAACGAGCUCGAGGUGAUAGCAGUGAAAUCACUGCAAGUGAUAUUCAAGAACAAGAAGAAAGAAUGAUCACCUCAACCCCACUCAGAAGGUUGGGUAAUCUGUCGGAAGUAGCUUCAGUCGUAGCUUUCCUUUCUAGCAAUGAUGCUUCCUACAUGUCUGGAGUGACACUUCCCAUUGAUGGAGGCCGAAUACCUUAAGCUGACUAUGGACAUAAUUAUACCUGUGUUGAGUGCAUGCAUGAUAUGCUAUGAACUUUUAACAAUGUCAAUUUAAUUUUAGCUUAAACGAUAUCUA